CCAUCGUUGACCUGAAAUGUCGUCGAAAUGUUCAUAUCAGAAAUUUGAAUUAAUUGUUCAAAGGACUAAUUUAGUCGGUGGAGCCUUCGAAGUUGUAAAGCAGCUACGGUCCGAAUGGUCGUUCGACAAAAUGAAAUUCCAGAUAUUCAUUGGCGGAAUAACCAACCAAUUAAUUGGAGUUUACCAGAAUGACGAUCAUUCUGACACGAUUUUAGUUCGUGUGUAUGGAGAAAAUACCGAACAAGUUAUAGAUCGCGAAAAUGAAAUAAAAAUAAUGCAGCUUCUCUACCCUUUAGGCCUUUCGUCUAAAAUUUAUGCAGCUUUUACUAAUGGGUUAAUCUACCAAUACUUGGUUGGUAGAACAUUAGAUGAAAAAUCAUGCUAUGAUCCCAACAUUUAUCCUCUAGUUGCCCAGAAAAUGGCUGAAAUUCAUUUGCAGCUUCCUGUGUACAAGACUUUUUCUGAUGGAAUAGAUAGAGCCAUUCUUUGGGAUAAAAUAAAAUGUUUUAUAGUUUCAGGUUGUGAAGAGAAACUGACCAACUUAAUCAAAAAGCAAAGUUUACCAUCUAAAUCAAAGCUGAUAGAAGAGCUGGAAUGGCUGAAAUCACAUUUGGAGAAAUUCAACAGUCCAUUGGUCUUGUGCCACAACGACUUGCUUUUAGCCAACGUCCUUUACGAUGAGAAAUCGAAAACUGUACAUUUUAUUGAUUUUGAAUAUGCCGGGCCGAAUUAUCGAUCGUAUGAUAUUGCCAACCAUUUCAAUGAAUUUUCAGGUGGUAGUAGCUGGUCGUCGUACCCAAAUGAAAAUUUUCGGCGCGAAUGGCUGCAGGCUUAUCUGAGGGUCUUUGACAAUAUUCAGCACGUGGAAGAAAAGAAAUUGCAACAAGUAAUGGACGAAAUUGAACAUUUUCGUCUUGCCAGCCAUUUCUUUUGUGGAACGUGGGGCGUUUAUCAGGCAACACAUUCGACUUUGGAUUUCGACUUCGUGGGGUAUUCAGUUUCAAGAUUCGACGAAUACUACCGAAUAAAACGCAUUCUACUCCCCUUCAACUUGGUUGAGUCGCUCGAUUAAUUUUCUGGCUGCCUUGAGCCAUUAAGGUUGCCUCGCAAAUUUAGUAUUUACUCGAUUGGCAGGUUUUUCGUCAUAUAAUUGGGUUCUGGAUGAAGAAGUUUAUUGAAUGCAAUAAAUAAUAUGUUAUGGUGCAAAGGGUGCAUUGCUAGGAAUCAUAAUGGUUCGGCCUUGUGAGACCCAGCUUUUUACUGGAAGGUACUAUUCACUCCAAUACCUUUUGUUAGUUAUGGGGCCUUUCAAAUUAUGUUACAAGAUACUUAUUUAUUCUUGAUUCACCAUCUAAUAUCUUUGCAAACAUCUAUGUCCUAAGUGAUUUAACCAUGCUGUAAACAGAGUGAUGUGCAAGUUUUUACAAUUCUUUCCUGACAGCUACAGAGCUAUCAAUUAU